AAAAACAUGUUUAUGCUCCAUACAUUAUCCUUGUAGAGGAAAAAUAUCGAGUACGUAUCGUGCUACUGCAAGGAGUUUUGAUAAUUUGUGUCUUCUACAUAGAUAAAUAAGAAAAAUACUUUUUUUUGUCUUCCAAUUCGAUUAAGAAAACAUGACAACGAAAUGUGUAAAGUAAACAAUAUUAUUGUUAUUCGUUGUUUUUGUUUUCAAUUAUUUUUCGUUCAACAGUUUGCCUAAGUGUUAUUAUUUUCAGUUGUGACUUCAUAAGCAUUUUUAAAGAGAAUAUUACCUAUGAGUUUAAUUAUUGGAGUUAUACGUGUUGGGGUUAUCGGAGUGUUAGUAUUUUUAAACAGAAGUCAUCUGAUUGAAUCGUAUCAUGUUUUACGGAAGGGCGUGCCAAAGAAAAUGAUGAAAUGUGUUGAUCGUGGAGUAUUAAGGAAUAUUACGAAAACGGAAUCCAGGAAAUUUGAUAUGCUGGUAAUUCUGGGUGAGAAAUUUAUCAACGCAGGUAUUCAAGUAAAUUUAGAGCCUGCAGCUGCAGUAUCCAGUAGUAUUGACAAAGAAGAGUUUCAAAAAAUGAAGGAAACAAAUCUGAAAUUGAAAAAUAGGUUGACGGAAUUGGAAGAUAUGAUCAGACGCGCUGAUGAAAAACAAAAGUCUAAAGAUCUACAAGAUUUAACGAACAAGGUAGACAAAUUGUCAAAUUACCAACAGUCGUCAACGGAAAAAAUCGACGGUGAACUCAUGACCAUCGGGAGCGACGUCGAAACUAUUAAAAACUGUUAUGGCGUGUUGAAUACAAUAUUCCACGACCUAGAAAACAAAUUUAUCUCAUUAGAAAGGAACAUGGAAAAGCCGAUACGGAAAUAUGACGCAAUAAAGACGAGGAUCAGAACCCUAGAAAGAGAUGUAAUGAAAAAUACUUCACAUGUCAUCGGUAUGGACCAUUCAAACCGUUCGAUGGAGUCGUGGACAAGACUCCAAUACUUCGGAUCCGCUGGAAUGUGUCCUCCUGUAGAUAACCGCUGUUACGGUGAACCACCUGCAUUCGAUGCAGCUUCAUCUUAUUAUGAUAUACCACCAGUGCCCAGACCGCCGACUCAGUAUUUUCUACCCCCGAUUACACAGUUUGGUCCGUCAGCGCCCCCGCCUGCACCCCCGGCGCCUAAUGCAUUUUCUCGGCCGCCCGCACCCCCGGAGCCUAGUGCAUUUUUGCCGAAACCACCCCAGAUGACUCCGAAAAAAUCGAGAUUGAAGGUGACGCGUUCUGACGAAUCAAGCUCUUCUUCGGUGAUCACACCAAAAGUAGAGAAAGUGUACAACCAGAUCCCCAUAACGACUGCUAUGCUCAAGUCCGUUGUUCUCAAGCCGCCGGACGAGAGGAAGAGAGUAAGAAAAUCGGAGGACAUAUAAGCGUGGUGUUGUUGAAAAAAAAAAUAUUUAUAACUCAUACGAAGAAUAUGUAUCAAUCUAAUCGUUGUAAAAAAUAUGUACAUAAUAUAUCGAUUUUAACAAU